AUGUCAGCAGAAUUCAAAGGUUUGGGCUGUGUCGCCUCCGACAAAUGGUCCGACUUAGAAACCGUCUCCUACCAAGUCAAGCCAUUCGGCCCCCACGACAUCGACAUCAAGAUCGAGGCCUGUGGGAUCUGCUCUUCUGAUCUCCACACCUUGAAAGCUGAAUGGGGUGGCCGCAAGUACAACUACCCUCUUGUUGUGGGCCACGAGAUCGUCGGCCGUGUCAUCAGCGUUGGGCCCCAAGUCUCCAGUCUCAAGGUUGGCGACAGGGUCGGGGUUGGUGCCCAAAGUGCCAGUUGCUUGCAAUGUGUCGACUGCACCAACGACAACGAACAAUACUGUACCAAAUCCGUCGGUACUUACAACUCGGUGUAUCCUGACGGCUCGAUCUCCCGUGGUGGGUACGCCUCCCACGCCAGAGUUCACGAGCACUUUGUGUUCCCGAUUCCUGACGCCCUCCCAUCCCACGUCGCCGGUCCAUUGAUGUGUGCAGGGAUCACGGUUUACAGUCCCUUAAAACGUAAUGGUGCCGCUAAAGGCAAAAAGAUCGGGGUGGUGGGACUUGGAGGGUUGGGGGCCCAUUGUGUUUUGUUUGCUAAGCACAUUUUUGGGGCCGAAGUCACAGUGUUUUCUAGAACUAACGCAAAGAAGGAAGACGCGAUGAAGUUGGGGGCUGAUCACUAUAUCGCCACUUCUGAAGAAGGCGCGUUCGACAAGCAUUUCCGUGAAUUGGACCUUAUUGUCGGUACCGCCAAUUCUACUAAAGGGUUUGAUUUGAACAAGUACUUGUCGACCUUGAAGAUCAACGGUAGAUACGUCAGUGUUGGGUUGCCAGCCGACGGGUCGUUCGAUGUCAGCACCAAGACUUUCCUUAGAAACGCGUGCUACAUGGGCAGCUCAUUGUUGGGGUCAAGAAAAGAGAUUCUUGAGAUGUUGGAAGCCUGUGCCCAAUCCACCACCAUUGAUUUCGACCACUGGGUGGAAAAAGUGCCAAUCAACAAGGAGAACGCCAAGGUGGCCCUUGAAAGAAUGCAUGCCAAUGACGUUCGUUUCAGGUUCUGUUUUGUCGAUUAUGAUAAGGAGUUCAAUUGA